AGCUGAGCCGCCUUCCUCAUUUUUCCAAUACGACGUUGGUGUUAAUGCCUAGAUAGUGUUGAGCGCUUUCUCUCUCUCUGUCUUUCCUCCGUAGUGGUCCAUCGCAACUCGUCCCAAUCCACCAUGUCUCCUCUAUCUUCUUCUCUGCGUCAAGCAGUCGCAACUGCUUCCCGUGCAUCCACUCGAACAACUUUGCGAUCGUACGCUUCCCCCGCUAUCUCCGUGACGUCGACUCGAUCCAACACUUCUGCACCUUCCCUCGCGAACAUUGAAGCUACAUGGACACAUCUACCGAAAGAAGAGCGUUACGAGGUCUACAAGCAACUACACGACCUGCAGAAGAAGGACUGGAAGGAACUUUCAAGGGAUGAAAAGCGAGCGGCCUACUACAUUGCCUUUGGACCCCACGGACCUCGAAAACCCAUUCACGGCGACGGAUACGGAAUGCAAGUCGCACUAGGAACAGCCGGUAUCGUCGGUGCUUCCGUUCUCGCUUUCCUCACGGUCCGACACUUUGGUCAACCACUUCCCGAGACUAUGACCAAGGAGUACCAAGAGCAAUCCAACGAGUACAUGAGAUCUCAGAACAUGAACCCGAUCUCCGGUGUCUCUUCAGAAGGAUACAAAGGAAAGGGAAUGGUUCAGAGCUGAUGAGGGGUAUCAUAGACUCAGAGCGGGAAAGAUCGGGUAGAUGGGGGGUGAAUGGAAGGAGGGUGAAAUCCAAGUUCGGAAAUGCGUACGUUGGCGGGAGACACAUCGCCUUGAUCAUGAGGUGGGUUGAUUGGACGGACGGAGGGAUACAGGGAGACAGUGAGACUUAGCAUAAAGUGUCGGGAAACGAGGAUUCCAAAAGUUUUUAUUUCUAGGAGAUGCACAUUGCAUCGAUUCGUCAAACGA